CUAGAUCAACAGCUGAUUCAGUGCCCUUCCUUCCUGUUCGCCCUUUGCUUUCGUUACUGCGUGACCCGCCGUAUUGGCUAUAGUGGCAGUGAUUUUCUCGACUUUAUUGCUGUUAUUAGCGAAUGCUUGAGGGCUAUUCUUUUCCAUACCAUGCAUACUUUUAGAUGAAAACAAACUUGUAAAAUAACUAAUCCACCGAUUGCUCAGUAAAGUGUGUCCUGCCGGAUAGACUUGUGGUGCCUACGUUUUCAAGUGCAACGAAAACAAAGAUUUUUUAGUUUGCUGAAGAUUAUUUACAAUUUGAAUGUGAUAGAUAAAAUCGUAAUGGUUAUGAGCUUAUGAUUUUACAGUGUGUCAACAAAACUCAGAAUAUGAUGCAUAUCAAUUGAUAUUUUGAAUUACACUAAUAUCAGAAUCAUACAAAUAUAAUAGAGUCCAUAUCAAUAGCUGGCAGCACACUAAAAUGUCAAAUAAAAAUAAUCCUCAAAGUAACGGAUCGCAGCAACAGCAGUCGGUGAAUCUCAAACAUGGCAUCAGCAACGACGCGAUGUCCGUAUCCAGCUACAAGGGUUCAAAGGAUGUUCUAAACGCGAAAUUCAACAAAGCACCGGACAAAGCAUUCAGCUCCGUCAGCAGUAAUAAACCGGUUUCAUACUUCAAAUUGUUCCGUUUCGCCACAUGGGGAGAAAUAAGUGCUACCAUUCUGGGGGUGUUACUGGCCUCGUUUGCGUCGUUGGGACUGCCCUACGGUGUCAUACUGUACGGCGAGUUCACGACGCUGCUGGUAGAUCGAACUAUCGGAAUAGGAAAGUCGACCGACACAGCAAUCCUGUCGAUGUUCGGCGGUGGACACAUAUUGAUCAACGCCAGCGUCGAAGAGAACCGCGACGCCAUCCUAGUUGAUGCUAAAGCCUUCGGGUUGGGCGUCAUAUUCGUGUCGGUAAUACAGUUCCUAGCCGCAGCCCUGAGCAUAGAUGUGAUCAAUCGAUCGGCCAAUCGGCAGAUCAGUCGAAUACGGCAACUGUUCCUACAGGCGGUCCUCCGGCAGGAUAUGACCUGGUUCGAUCUGAAUAGCGAUGACAAUUUCGCGGUGCGAAUCACUGAUGAUUUGGAUAAGCUGAAGGAAGGCAUUGGAGAAAAACUUUCCAUUUUCACGUAUCUGGUAAUGUCUUUCACCAUAUCUGUGAUAUUUUCGUUUUUCUACGGAUGGAAGUUAACGCUUGUGAUAUUGAGCUGUGCGCCGAUUAUUAUAUUGGCAACUGCUAUAGUGGCUAAGAUGCAAAGUUCGUUAACGGAGAAGGAAUUAAAGGCCUAUUCAUCUGCAGGAGCAGUUGCUGAAGAAGUUCUUGGCAGUAUACGAACCGUUGUGGCGUUUGGUGGUGAGCGGAAAGAACUGGACCGGUACAAAGGGCGUUUAGGUGCUGCAGAAGAGAAUGGCAGAAAGAAGGGUCUUUUCUCGGGAAUAGGAGGCGGAAUUAUGUGGUUUAUCAUCUACUGUUGCUAUGCUUUAGCUUUCUGGUAUGGGAUCAGUCUUAUCCUCGAAGAUCGCGGCAAAGAUGUGAAAGACUACACUCCCGCUGUGCUGAUUAUUGUGUUGUUUGGAGUGUUGGCUGGAGCUCAAAAUCUUGGUCUUUCGUCUCCUCAUUUAGAAGCUUUUUCUACCGCAAAGGGAUCAGCUGCAUCUAUAUUCAAUGUCAUCGAUAGAAUACCGACUAUUGACUCGCUUGGCGAUAACGGUUUGCGACCACUUUCCUUUGGAGGAAACAUCAAAUUUACAGAUGUUCGGUUCCGGUAUCCUGCGCGUAGUGAUGUCCAGGUAUUGCAAGGCUUGGAUUUGACUAUAGAGGCAGGAAAGACUGUAGCGUUGGUAGGGCCAUCGGGCUGCGGAAAGUCAACUUGCCUUCAGCUUAUCCAGCGACUGUAUGAUCCUCUACACGGUAACGUGACCAUCGAUGGAAUAAAAAUUAACGAAUUGAACAUAAGCUGGUUACGUUCUUACAUUGGUGUAGUUGGUCAGGAACCGGUUUUGUUUGCUACCAGCAUAGCGGAAAACAUUCGCUAUGGUAACCCAGAUGCGAGUCAGAGUGAUAUAGAGAAAGCUGCCAAAAUUGCUAAUUGCCAUAGCUUCGUAACAAAGUUGCCGAAUGGAUACCACACGAUGAUUGGGGAACGUGGUGCUCAGCUUUCCGGUGGUCAAAAGCAACGAAUUGCUAUUGCACGAGCGUUGGUUCGUAAUCCAAAAAUCCUCCUGCUAGAUGAAGCAACCUCGGCACUGGAUCCAAACUCCGAACGACGUGUUCAGGAUGCUCUCGAGAAGGCCAGUCGUGGUCGUACCACUUUGGUGGUAUCUCAUCGAUUAUCGACAAUAACCAAUGCGGAUAAGAUUGUAUAUAUAGAUAAAGGAGUGGUUGCUGAACAAGGAACACACGAGGCUCUGAUGGCUAAAAAGGGGAUGUAUUAUAAUUUAGUGAUCGCUAGUGGUGCGCUUAAGCAGGAUGAUGAUGAGGUCAAACCAAUUAGGGACGACCAAAAUCAAGUGGGACCGAAGAGUGAUUCUGCAGAUGAUGACGCUUAUUCUGACGAUGAGUCGGAUGGAAGCAAAUCUGGAGAAGUUGUCGAGGACGACGUAGAAGAUGCUUAUCCGGUAUCUGUGUUGCGACUAAUGAAACUUAAUGCACCAGAAUGGCCAUACAUAUUGUUUGGCUGUGGUGCGGCAAUGGUUGUUGGAGCGUCGUUCCCAUUAUUUGCAGUACUUUUUGGUGAAAUGUAUGGCAUUCUCUCGGUAGCUGAUCCGGAGUAUGUGAAAGAGGAAUCCAACUUCUAUUCGUUACUCUUCUUACUACUAGGUGUUAUAACAGGUAUCGGGACAUUCUUCCAAACUUUUCUAUUCAACGUGGCCGGUGUUCGCCUAACGGCGCGACUUCGACAGAAAACCUUUAAAGCCAUCAUAAGCCAGGAGAUGGCUUGGUUUGACGAAUCCAAUAAUGCCGUUGGAGCACUAUGUGCUCGUCUUUCCGGAGACUGUGCAAGUGUACAAGGUGCAACGGGAACACGCAUCGGAUCUCUUCUGCAAGCCGCCUCUACUAUUUGCAUUGGAGUAGGAAUAGCUUUAUAUUACUCGUGGAACUUAACACUGGUAUCGGUGGUUGCUAUUCCGAUAGUGUUGGGAUCGAUUAUACUAGAAUCUCGGUACAUGGAAUCAAGUGCCCUAAAAGAGAAACAGGCUCUUGAAAGUGCCAUUAAAUUAGCGGUUGAAGCCAUUUCCAAUAUUCGUACAGUUGCCAGUUUAGGUCAGGAGCCAUACGUUCUCGAUCGAUACAACAAAGAAACUGUGAAGGCGGACACAGCCUGCAAAAAGAAAACUAGACUGAGAGGCGUUGUGUUUGCCUUGGGACAGAUUAUGCCGUUUAUGGGAUACGGUUUGGCACUAUUCUACGGUGGAAAACUGGUUUCAGAAGCGCAGUUGGAGUAUAAAGACGUGAUCAAAGUUUCCGAAGCACUCAUCUUUGGCGCUUGGAUGCUGGGACAAGCUUUGGCUUACGCGCCGAACGUGAACUCUGCCAUGCUAUCAGCUGGACGCCUCAUGAAGUUACUCGAUCGUACCCCGAAAAUGCACAAUCCGUCAAGCACAUAUCGUCCAAUUUCUCAGAAACACGAAGGCAACAUAAAAUACACUGAUGUGGAGUUCCGCUACCCCACGCGACCUACCGUUCCCAUACUGCAAGGCUUGAAUUUGGAGAUUCAGAAAGGAACCACAGUUGCUUUGGUUGGACCUUCUGGGUGUGGAAAAUCUACCUGUAUUCAAAUGCUCCUUCGCUAUUAUGAUCCCGACAACGGCAAAGUAGACAUUGAUGGCAUCACCACGACAGACUUCCAGCUUAGUCGGAUCCGCGCCCAAAUGGGUCUUGUUUCCCAGGAACCGGUGCUGUUCGAUCGAACCAUUGCGGAAAACAUUGCCUACGGAGACAACACACGUGACAUCCCGAUGCCGGAGAUUAUUGAGGCUGCCAAAAUGGCCAACAUCCACGAGUUCAUCGUAAACCUCCCGAAGGGGUACGAGACCAGCCUGGGUACUAAGGGCGCACAGCUGUCCGGCGGUCAGAAGCAACGUAUCGCAAUCGCACGUGCGUUAGUUCGCAAUCCUCGGAUAUUGUUGCUAGACGAGGCAACGUCAGCUCUGGACAAUCAAAGUGAAAAAAUUGUUCAGAAUGCACUUGAUCACGCUCGAAAGGGUAGAACCUGCAUAAUUAUUGCCCAUCGGCUGACGACCAUUCAGAAUGCGGAUGUGAUCUGUGUCAUCCAGAACGGUGUUGUAGUCGAGUGCGGCACUCAUGACGAGCUAAUAGCGCUUAACAGAAUCUACUCGAAACUGUAUACCAUGCAACAAGUGGCUUAAAGUGCACUUAAAUGUUCACGUGCUCAUUAUUCAAUAUUUUUUUUAUUGAUUGAUUGAUGAAAUCAGAAGACUUAAUGUGCCGUAAUGGAUGUAUGUUUCAGUACAUUCGUAAAACCCGUAUCGCACAUCGAUUCUAGGACAGUCUCAGCGAUGGAGGCAACGAAAGGAAUUUAUGCGUAGCGUUAAUGUAGAAGUGAUAUUUAAACACCUCUUUAUAGCUUAAUUGACUUUUAACUUAUUCAUUAUGAAACCAGUACAUCAUAUAACCGAAUCAAAACGUUGAAAUCCUACUGUUACUGUUAAUAAAUUAAUGAAUUUUCUAUCACUUUGAAUGUCGACAGGCACUGUGCACUUUAUCAUGGAUAUUCUUUGGAUAAGGAAAUUCAUACUUCAGUGUUCAAUAAUGCCGCCAUAAAGUAUUGUAAGCAUUUCGCGUAUAGUAAACUAUUUUCCUGCACACUUCCUUUACAUAACAAUUGUUAAAAUCCUUCUUCGAAUUAGAAAACAUCACUGAAGCUUUAUCAGCUUUGAAUGUUUAAGGUUAACAAAACAAGAAUCAAAGUUGAAACUAUUGUUGAUAUGUUGAAGUUUUUUAUGAGAUGAAAAUCUACUAAAACGAUUUUAUUUAUAAAA